UAGAAACUCUUACUUGCACUUGAUUCAUCCUUGAGCAGCUGUAGCAGUCUACACAGACACACAGCAGACACACACAGACACACAAACACACUACCGUAUACCUCGCUUGCGCAUGCGCACCGAGGCAUAAUAAUGGGUUUCAAGGUGAUUCUGGAGAGCUGUAAAUGCUUGAGUGUUGUGAGGGAAGUGAGGACAGGAACGGACACGUAUGCUUGCUAUACUAGGUACUCGGAGCUUGACCAGAGGCUUAUUAUUGGAUUGUCUGAUGGCGAAGCAGUCUGGACGAUAGGCUUGACAGAGAAUGAGUUGAAAGAUCGCUGUGUAUCUAGCGACCUAACAAGCUAUCUCAACAGCCUCAGUCAGUCCCUUCAAGAUGGAGAGGUCACUGUGUUCCUGUCUGGUGAUACAGUCUCACUACAAUGUGGUAGUGUGGACACGUUCAGCCUGCCCAGAGAGAGCAGUGGUCCCGGCCCACUACUCUUCCAUCUAGUGGAGCAGCUACAAUCCACCAGGACUAGACUAAAAGAAUGUGAGAGAGAGUUGGAGUCUACACGGAGGCAAGCAGCUGUUGACAAGCAAGUGUACACUGACGUCACUCUGGGGCCGGGUCCCUCUAGCAAGAAGGGGAUUGGUCGACCCAAGAGGACAGCUGGGUCCAGCCUACUCAACCCCAGCAUCAAAAAGAGGAAGGCAGCUACUGGUGUUCUAUUUGAUACCAACUCACAAACUGACAGUUUAAAAAAACUUUGACCUCAUUCAGUUGCUCAUAAUUAUAUACCUUUUUCUCUUCUUAAUUUUGUUCAUUUGUGUAAUUGUAUUUUCAUUUCCGGAUCCGAUUUAAUAAUAAUCCUCA